GCGAUGUGGACGAGAAUGAUGUGCGGUUGUGGGAGGCUCGAGAAGCGCUCCUGGUACUCCUGCAAGGCUUCCGGCGGAGGAACCUAGAACCGAAGCCGGAAAUCCUUGCCAAUCUGUUGCACAAUGCCGCCUUGCUUUCGGUCAGAGACUCGCAUUGGUUCAUUCUGUGCCAAAGGCUCAUGGUGCCGAGUUCAGCGCACCCAAAGAGAGCACCGCACAGCAUGGCACCAUCACCUGCUGAAGCGUUCAUGGAGGUUUUAUCGGAGGCAGACUUGGCAAAGACCACGCUGGCCCUUGCGCGGCUGUCCUUGCCGCAGCUCGUAGACGGUGCCUCCCUGUUUUCCAGGGCAGCCGCCUUGGUACGACAGCCUGCUGCUGCAGUUGCUGUGCUUGAGGCUGCAGCCAUCUUUGCCCUCACGGAGCGGCGCCCACAGGAUCUCACGCCUGCGGCGUUGUCUCCGCUUGUUCAGGCAGUGCAUGAGGGACGAAGGAGACUGUCGGACGUUGAGCAGCCGGAGGAG